CUUCGCCUCCAAGAAUGCCGCUUUGGCCCCUUGUUGUAUCUUCUGCAUCUUUUACUCCUAUCCAACCCAUCCUCUGAUCAUGACUCUUCCAACGACCACCUAUAUCAUCUACACCGACGGGGCCUGCCACGGCAACGGCGCCAAUCCAGCGCUCCGGCAGGCGGAAGGUGCCAUUGGCAUCUAUAGCGAAGAUCUCGACGUCAUGGAGCGACUUCCAGAGCAGAUGCGUCCUCAUACUGCAGACAAGUCUGAAUUUUGGGCCAUCUACCGAGCGCUGCAGGAGGCUCCGCCCAUUCGACCGCUUCUGAUCAGGACGGACUCAACACAGUGCAUCAAUACGCUCACCAUCUGGUACUACGAAUGGGUCGCACACGGCGGGCUCAAAACGAAUGGGCGGAAAGACAAGAACUACAACUUGAUCCGUGACAUCAUGGAUGAGAUUCUGCUGCGCAGAUCACGAGGCCAGAUGGUCAGCUUCAAGCACGUUUUGGGCCACUCGGGAAAU